AUGGGCGAUGUUGACAUUGAAGACGCAUUUAAUGGUAGCAGCAACGGCGCUCGUUUUACAGCAGCCACACGGCCGGUAUUGGUGAACGCCCGCCGUCGCAAAGGACCAACGGAGCCGCACGAGAACUACGGUGAAGGCAUCCCCGGCAACGCGACAGUUUUUGUGCACACAUUCGGCUGCGGCCACAAUGUCAGCGACGGCGAGUACAUGGCAGGACUUCUAGCUCAGGCCGGCUACCGCGUCACGGACGCAUUCAACCACGCCGACGUGUACCUGCUCAACUCCUGUACUGUCAAGAACCCAAGCGAGGAGCAUUUCAUCAGCAUGAUGAACCGUGUGCGGGCCACCGGGAAGCCGCUCGUCGUCGCCGGGUGUGUGCCGCAGGCAGACCCGCAGAACACGCAGUGGGAUGAUGUUAGCGUCAUCGGCGUGCGCAGCAUUGAUCGAGUUGGACACGUUAUUCACGAGGCGCUGCAGGGCAACUGCGUUCGGCUCAUCGGCGUGCACGAGCAGCAGGAGCAGGAGCAGGAGCAGAAGACUCAUGAACUUCCGCCGCUUGACCUACCAAAGGUGCGGCGUAACAGGUUCAUUGAAAUUAUACCCAUCAGCGUCGGUUGCCUAAACCACUGCACUUACUGCAAGACGAAACAGGCCCGUGGUGACCUGCGGAGUUGGCCUGUUGAGAGCAUCGUCACGCGUGUCCGCGCGGUGCUGCAGGAGGGCGUGAAGGAGAUAUGGCUCGCUUCCGAGGACACUGGGGCGUACGGCAUUGACAUCGGCACUGACGUGGUUCAUCUUAUGCGUGCCGUCGCCAGUGAGUUGGAGGGGACAAACGUUAUGAUGCGCGUGGGAAUGAGCAACCCACCCUACCUGCUGCGCCAGGUGGACGAGUUUGCGGCGAUUCUCAGUCAUCCGAACGUGUAUGAGUUCGUCCACAUCCCUGUGCAGUCUGGCUCCAACCGCAUUCUCGAUGCGAUGCAGCGGGAGUACACUGUUGAGGAGUUCUGCGAAUGUGUCUACCGCAUCCGCAGCAUCGUGCCAGGCGUUACCAUCGCAACAGACAUCAUCUGCGCAUUCCCGGGUGAGGGGGAGCCGGAGUGGCGCGAGACGAUGGUGCUCUGUGAAAACGUGCGUUUCCCUGUUUUAAACAUCACCCGUUUUUAUCCGCGCCGCAACACACCGGCUGCGGCGAUGAAGCAGAUACUGACGGAAACGGCGAAGCAGCGCACCACGGAGUUAACAUCCUUCUUCAACUCGUACCGCACGUACGAUUGCUUGGUGGGUGAAGUGCACCGCAUCACGCUACUCGAGACGGCGCACGACAAGCAUCAUCUCGUUGGGCACACAAAGAGCUACGUGCAGGUGCUUGUCGACCCCGCCGAGGCGAGAAUGGGGGACACCGUCACUGUCGUCAUUAUCUCAGCCACAAAGUACAGUGUUGUGGGGCGAGUGCUGCAGAGCCGUUGGGAUCGUCUUACGGUGACGGCGGCAGCAGCAGCAGCAGCAGCGGCAACAACAGUUCGCUCUGGAAGGUGGCGAACGCUGACAGGUGUUGCAUUCGUUGCGGCAGCAGCAGCAGCAGCCGUGUACAGGGGGCGUGCAUGGAGGCGCUAA